AGAGAGAGAGAGAGAGAGAGAGAGAGAGAGAGAGAGAGAGAGAGAGAGAGAGAGAGAGAGAGAGCACUAUCUUAUUUCUUUCGUUUUUGUCUUCUUCUCCUCGGAGACAAUGGAGACUGAUUACGACCAAGUUCUUCGCUCCGUUGCUCAAGUGAAAAUCGCCGGCGACGACGGUGUAAAAGUCUCGUGCUUCACUGAAGUUCUCGAUGAUGUCACUCUUCACUUCCAAAUCAUCCGUCUCGCGAAACAGAUUUAUGUAUGGAUCGGUUAUAAUUCAGCCAAAUUUGGCAACUUGUACGCAGCCGCUUCAACACGACCGAGUAAUACAGUAAGUGUUACUUCCGUACUUGGUGGAACUUCUGAUAACACUGGAUCUGGCAUUGCCCGUAGAUUAGUGAUGAAGACUGGUCUCAAUAUAAUCCUGGCUUGCAACAUCCCUAAAAAUAAUCCCUUGCUUGAGGCAAAAGCUGAGAAAAUGUUGAUAAGGAAAUUGAUUGAUCUUGGUUACACAAUGCCUACACCUUUACGAGCAACAUAACUAGAAGAGGGAAUUGAUUUACCUUACCUGUUUCUUGAGUUUGUUUCUCCUUUUUAUAUCGCUGAAUUUGUGAACGAUUCUUAACUGUUUAGUUUGCAUAGCCUUGUCUUGAUGUUUCUUUAUUGAAUGACGUCAGUUAUCAUUAUCCCUG